AGGAAAAUUUAUGAAAUAUAUACCAUAUUCUCAAUUUACAAAUGUAAAAGAAAUAACAGAAGGAGGAUUUAGUAUCGUAUAUCAGGCAACUUUGCUAGAUUGUUCAAAAUAUUUGUCAUUUUAAAAAGAUUUAAAAACCCUCAAUAUGUUAACAAAUAUUUUUUAAAUGAGUUAAGGUCGAAUCAUCAUUGUUAUGAUCGUUUUAGUUAUAAUAUUAUUAGAACUUUUGGUUUUACAAAAGAUCCCAAAUGGGAUGGUUACAUGUUAGUUAUGCAAUAUGCAUCGGAAGGAGAUUUACAUAAAUAUUUACAAAAGAAAUUUACAGAAAUUAAUUGGGAACAAAAAAUAUCAAUCUUAUAUGAUAUUUCACUUGGACUUCAGAAUAUUCAUCGGACAAAUUUUGUACAUCGAGAUUUACAUAGUGGUAAUAUAUUGGUAGAUUUACCAUCUUAUUACGAAACUUGUAAAAUCGGGGAUCUAGGAUUAUCGCGACAUGCAAAUGGUACCUCUUCGGAUAAUGAAAUAUAUGGAGUAGUACCUUAUAUUGCACCAGAAAUAUUUAAAGGGUCUGCAUUUUCUAAAGAAUCUGAUAUUUAUAGUCUGGGUAUGAUCAUGUGGGAACUUACGACAGGCUGUAAACCUUUUACUGACGUUGAACAUGAUCAUAGUCUUAUUUUUAAUAUUCUUGAUGGCGCACGACCUGAAAUUACAGAAGAUACACCAGAAUGUUAUACUAAUUUAAUGAAAAGUUGUUGGGAUUCUGAUCCCGAAAAAAGACCUUCUAUAGUCGAAAUUUGUAAUAUUUGUAAUUCAUGGAUUAAAGAUCAUGCUAAGAAUUUUACUCAUGCUGAAUUAAAAAGGAAAAAGUUAAUUAAAUCAAAGAAACUUGGUCCCAAGUUUGCCAAAAAACCUCAUCCAAAAUCUAUUUAUAUAAGUAGAUCAUUAAAUUCUUACAUUUCUAAAUGUUCAUCUAUCAAUUUUUCAUCAAAUGAUUACAUUUCAAAUGAAAUAGAAUUUGACAUAGAUAUCGAAAGUAAUGGAUCCAACGUAAUCAAAACUAAGCGAAAUAUUAAAGAAUUAAGUAUUAAUUCUUGUGAAAAUAAUGGAAAACGCAUUAAAAUUAAUUCCAGUUAUUCAAGGACUUCUUUCACCAUCUCUCAAAAAACAAUAAUGAAGUACUAGUAAGAGAUAGAAUAUAAUUUUCAUAUUAAACAUGUAUUUUAUAUUAUAUAUCGAUAUGUGUAUUUUAUUUAAUGAUUAGCUAGUGAUUAAGCUUUUGUAAGAAUAACUCAUUUUAUAUGUAGAUAUCACAAGACGUGUUUGUUACGAUAAAUCUUGCCAACACACAUAUUCUUUCAAUAUAUUAAAUUUAUAAUAAACAUUCUUGAUCAUGAUGGUUGUGAUGAAGUAUUAAUGCUAA